AUGGGUAGAUGGAACUCCACCAGUGUGUCUGGCUUCAUCCUCAUGGGGCUGACAGACUCUGCAGAGACACAGCUGGUCCUCUCCAUGCUCUUUCUCCUGAUUUACCUGAUCACGGUUCUGGGGAACUUGGGGAUGAUACUGAUCAUCCGCCUGGAUCCCCAGCUUCACACCCCCAUGUACUUUUUUCUCGCUCACCUGUCAUUUCUUGACCUCUGCUACUCAAGUGUCAUCACCCCUAAAACCCUACAGAACUUACUGACUUCAACCAAGAGCAUCUCCUUCCUGGGCUGCUUCACCCAGAUGUACUUUUUUAUAGUUUUUAUAGCUGCAGAAUGUUUCCUUCUCUCCUCCAUGGCCUAUGAUCGCUAUGUAGCUAUCUGCAGCCCCCUACAUUAUCCAGUCAUUAUGUCCACAGGACUGUGCAAUGCCCUGCUCACUGGCUCCUAUGUUGCUGCCUUUGUAUAUUGCACUGUGAUUACGGUUUCCAUGAGCCAACUGCACUUCUGCAAGUCUAAUGUCAUCCAGCACUUUUUCUGUGACACAUCUCCAAUUUUAGCCCUGUCCUGCAGUGACACGUCUGGGGUUGAAAUCAUUAUAUUCAUUUGUGCUGGAUCUAAUAUAGGGCUGUCCCUCAUCACCAUAUCUGGAUCCUAUGUUUCCAUCCUCUCCACUAUCCUGAAAAUUAAUUCCACUGCUGGAAAGAAGAAAGCCUUCUCCACAUGUGCUUCGCAUCUCCUGGGAGUCACCAUCUUCUACAGCACUACAAUCUUUACUUACCUAAAACCAAAGACGUCCUACUCCUUGGGAAGGGAUCAUUUGGCUUCUGUAUUUUACACAGUUGUGAUCCCCAUGCUGAACCCUCUCAUUUACAGUCUCAGAAACAAAGAAGUGAAGAAAGCUGCCCUGAGAGUCCUGCAGAAGAGAGUGUGUUUGAGACAAUUAAAAUAA